GUGUACAUAAAAUUACGCGUAAAAUAGUCCCAAUGCGAAUUUUCUCUCUCCCCCUCUGACGCCCGAUUAUCCCCGCUCUCUUUCUCUCCAUCCAAACGCAUUUAUCUCACUUCCCAAUCUUCUUCCUCUCUUCCCAAGUUUCCUUUCCAAAUUCUACGCCCAAUUUCCCCUGUCUCUGUGCCGUCCUAAUAACCCCUCUCUCUCUCACCCCCCAAUCUCAGUCAAGCCUUCAACAGUCGCCGUUUUCUUCUCUCUCAGGCCAUCGUCAUCGACAGCGGCCGCUGGACAGCCACCGCCACUUCUAGCACCUAUUUCAGGUGGUGGGCUCCUUCAAACUUUGAUGUUCCCCAGUCGUGCCUACAAUAUCUGCCACUGCUGAUACUGGCCUUGAUGUGGGUUUAAAGCACAUGGUAUUAACUCUCGGGUGUGGAAAACAGUAUUUGAAAUGAACUCGAAAAUGAACAUUGAAGUUGGUUGGUAUAUUCUUGGUGAAGACCAGCAACCUGUCGGCCCUUAUGCAUUAUCUGAGUUGCGUGAGCAUUUUUCAAGUGGAUACCUUUUAGAAAGUACACUUGUAUGGUCUCAAGGAAGGAGCGAUUGGCAGCCACUCUCCUCUAUCCUGGGCAUUGUGACCGAAACAUCUCAACAGGUGCCCACACCCUCCAAAGAUGAUGAUGAGUUCGAAAAAUGGCAAAAGGAGUUGAGAGAGGCACAAGGAGAGGCUGAGGUGUUGCCACAUAAUCCUACUGCAGGCAAUGAUGAUUAUGAAAGGCCUUCGACACCUCCUGAGGGCGAGGAAGAGUUCACUGAUGACGAUGGCACUGUGUACAAGUGGGAUCGGGCUCUUAGAGCUUGGGUACCUCAGGAGAACCCAACUACAACAAAUGAGCAAUAUGCAGUGGAGGAGAUGAUUUUUUUGCAAGAAGAGGAACUUUUUCCAACCCUGAAAGAUGACGAUGUCUCUGUAAAGGAAGAGGUCAAUGAUACCAGUAAAGUUGUGGAAGCAAAGCGUGAUGCUAAGAGAAAGUCGCCUGAUAAAUCUGCUGAGAAAAAGGAAGCUAAUAAACCUCCUGAUAGUUGGUUUGAAUUAAAAGUUAAUACACAUGUUUAUGUGACUGGGUUGCCAGAUGAUGUUACGUUUGAUGAGCUGGUGGGAGUAUUUUCCAAGUGUGGGAUAAUAAAGGAGGACCCUGAAACCAAAAAGCCUCGUGUGAAGAUCUACGUUGACAAAGAGACGGGAAGGAAGAAGGGUGAUGCACUUGUCUCAUAUCUGAAGGAACCUUCAGUUCCUCUGGCCUUGCAAAUUCUGGAUGGGACACCUCUACGGCCUGGUGGCAAGAUUCCUAUGUCAGUUACUCAAGCUAAGUUUGAGCAGAAAGGGGAUAAAUUUAUAACCAGACAAGUGGAUAAGAGAAAGAAGAAGAAACUUCAGAAGGUUGAACAGAAGAUACUUGGCUGGGGCUUACAUUCGCAAGGAAACAAAGCUUAG